CAUGGUGUCUGAUGGCACCGCGCACUUCCGAAGGGAAGCGCACGCCUUCGACUUGAGGCAUACUGGGUUUCCAGGAGGCUCCAAGGUCCGUUUUCGGUUACCCAGAGAGCAUGUAGCGCCAGCACAAGUCCUAAGGGAAAAUUAAGGCUUGUCUAGUUCAAGUUCUCCUAUCCAUGAUCUUUAGAAUUUUUAGAACUAGAAGCAUAACCUAGUAGAUCUAUCUUGGGCACGCUUUCAUUUCAAGAAGGUAAAAAGGUCGCCAGAGUUUUUGAGAGAUCUUCUACAGGAUGGAUAUUAAAUAGAGUAAUAUGAGCUCUAAGAAAAGGUGAUCGUAGUUG